AUGUUCGGGAAACCAGACAAAAUGGACGUCCGGUGCCCCCCGGACGCGGAGGCGGCCCGGGGCGCCAAGAGCGCGCACCGGGAGGGCCGGGAGGGCCGGGGCGCGGAGGGCACCCUCCCCGCCGCCUUCCUCAAGGAGCCGCAGGGCGCCUUCCCGGCGGCGGGCGCGGCGGAGGACUGCAGCAAGAGCAAAGCGGCCGCCGCGGACCCGGACUACUGCCGCCGCAUCCUGGUGCGAGAUGCCAAGGGGUCCAUCCGGGAGAUCAUCCUGCCCAAGGGCCUGGACCUGGACCGGCCCAAGAGGACGCGCACCUCCUUCACGGCGGAGCAGCUCUACCGGCUGGAGAUGGAGUUCCAGCGCUGCCAGUACGUGGUGGGCCGCGAGAGGACCGAGCUCGCCCGCCAGCUCAACCUCUCCGAGACCCAGGUGAAGGUCUGGUUUCAGAACCGGCGCACGAAGCAGAAGAAGGACCAGGGCAAGGACUCGGAGCUGCGCUCGGUGGUGUCGGAGACGGCGGCCACGUGCAGCGUGCUGCGGCUGCUGGAGCAGGGCCGCCUGCUGUCGCCGCCCGGCCUCCCCGCACUGCUGCCCUCCUGCGCCACCGCCACCGGCGCGCUCGGCUCGGCGCUGCGCGGGCCCAGCCUGCCGGCCCUGGGCGCGGGCUCCGCCGCCGCCGCCGCCCCGGGCCCCGCGGGCGCCGCGUCCCCGCACCCGCCGGCCGUGGGCGGCGCCCCGGGGCCCGGGCCCGCGGGGCCGGGGGGACUGCACGCGGGCGCGCCGGCCGCGGGCCACGGCCUCUUCGGCCUGCCCGUGCCCUCGCUGCUCGGCUCCGUGGCCAGCCGCCUGUCCUCCGCGCCCUUGGCCGUGGCCGGCUCGCUGGCCGGGAACCUGCAGGAACUCUCCGCGCGCUACCUGAGCUCCUCGGCCUUCGAGCCGUACUCGCGGACCGGCAGCAAAGAGGGGGCCGAGAAGAAGGCGCUGGACUGA